AUGCACAAGCGCGAAAGAAGUAAAUCAUCAGAGAUGCGCGCUUUGAUGCGUCAGAUGGCCGAGUCUAAUAAGGCCAUGACUGAGGCGGUGCAAUUGCUAGCGGAAGCACGAGCUGCUACUACUAGCACUAGCAAAGUAGCUAUCACUGAAGUUGCUGCUGUGCAUAAAGCAAUUGACGGGAAGAAGCCGCCUAAGUAUGAUGGAAAAGGCGACCCCGUGAAGAUGGAGAAUUGGAUUAGAGAGUUUGACAAGAUCUUCGUCACUCUCCAGGUCCCUGAAGAGAUGAGAGUAGACUCCGCAGCCUACCAUCUCACUGAAGAUGAUGAUAUCUGGUGGACCAACAUCAAAGAUAAUUUUACCACCAAAGUCACAUACGAUGAGGAUGGUUUUGAGGAGGUGGAGACAAAGGAAUUUGGUUGGAAAGAGUUCAAGAAGGCGCUACGCGCUGAGUUCUUCCCACCUCAUAUGAGGAAAAAGAAGAGAUCUGAGUUUGAACAACUGGAGCAAGGAGAUAUGUCUGUCCAAGAUUUUUAUACUAAAUACCUUGAGUUGUCUCGUUUUGUGCCUGAAUUGGUCCCAAAUGAACAAGAAAGAGCUCAGGGGUUCGAGGAAAAACUUGAUCUUGAACUUCUUAGCAAUAUGGGAGCGGCCGACUUCACGACCUUGAACGAAGUUUAUACUUGUGCUAGCAAUGUCGAGAGAAUCAAGGAGAGAAGGAAAGCCGCAGAAAAGAUGAAAGCUCCUACAAAAGAAAGUACCCAACAAUGGAAUAAGGGUAAUAACUUUAGUCAAAACAAGAGCAGAAACUUUGAUAAUCGGGGUCCUAGGGGUAACUUCAAUAGAGGAGGUCAAAGUCAACAAGCCUCAAGGAGUGCUCAGAGUUCGUUUCAACCCCGUAGCCAAGUGUAA